AUGCCUUUUAAAUUUACUAGCCUUUUUAAAGGACGCGGAUACGUGGACAAUCCCUGGAUUUCGGAGCAAAUCGAGCUUCAAGACACAGUAGAUAUAAUGCCAUUUGUAUCCGAAUGCAACUCUAGGUUCUGGGUCGAAGACGAUAAAGAUAUAUCUGUUCAGCAAGGAGAGCCAUUCUCCCUGACAAUCAAACGAGACGUAGCUCCACAGAAGCCAAUAUUUGAUCAUAUCAAGAUCAAAGUAUAUAAAGUGGUCUCGGAUGAGUCAAAUGUUGAAGCAACACAUCUCGCCGAUGAUCAGGUUGGCUUUUCCAGCGGAAAAACUGUUCUAUUUUGGGAGGGUAAGUGCUCUAUAACAUGCGAUAACCUUUCCAUAAAAGCACCUGGAGAUUUUCGCAUCAGAAUAACUGCUUGGGAGUGGAGAGAUGAGAUGCAAGGCGGCGAUAUAAUUGCCGACUUUUAUAGCGAAAUCAUCCAUAUACUAUAAGACUUAUAGGACUUCUCAAACAAGAAACUACUAAAAGUUGACUUUAAUUUCCUAUACUUUAUUAGGAAUAGAGGGUCAAAAGUUAGUUGCUUUAGAUUUCUUUAUUGCUAAAGGGGCGUAAUCAACG